AUGGACCCCGGCGCCAGCGCCGGCGGGGGCGGGAGCGGGCGCUGGGCGGGCUUCGAGCGGGCGUGCCGCCUGCCCAACACCGUCCACUCCGAGGUCCUGCCGUCGCUGCCGCUCCCCACCCUCCCGCGCGAGCUCGGCUUCGACGCGCUCCGCGACGACGAGCCCCUCGCCGCGCCCGACCGCCCCGACAUGAUCAUGCAGGCCGCCGACAUCGCCCGCAUCCUCGCCGACACCGACGUCUCCCACCUGGGCUUCACCCCGGAGGACAACGUCGACGUGGAUCCCAGCCGGUGCUCCUGGCUCUGGAGGGAGGUGCUCAAGCACAACCCCGACGCCUUCAAGGUCAAGGCGCCCGGGCCUUCUUCGCAAGGUCCAUUUGGAGGCCCAGGAUAUCAAAAUCAAGAACGUGAGAAGCACUUUGAGCAUCUUACACCUAAUACGAGCAAAGCACGAAAUGAAUCUGCAUUUCCUCAGGAUGAAAUUGGCUCACAUAGAGAGCGUUUUCAUAAUGAACUGACCCCGGAUUCAAUUGCUUCAAAGAAGCCAAAAGUAAGGAAGAAAGAAAUUAACAAUUCUGUUUCAAGUUCUGCCCCCAGCAUUCCUAAUAGUCAAGAAGUUAUUGCUAACUUCUGUGAGGUGGUGGAGGAUUUCUGUGGAAAAGCCGAAAUUCCCGACGAUGGAGAUGGCGGUGACUGGUUGUCAAUCCCACUUAAUGAUGUUAAGGUUCUUGUGAAUGAAAUUACAUCUGUUCGAUCCAAAAGGAUAUUGCAUGAGGUUCCUAUGGAUACAGUUACAAGGUUAUUAGAUGUGAUUGACCGUCAGAUUCGAUGUUCUCAAGGUUUAUCGAUAGAUGUGAAGGAAAAUUCUGAUGCCGUUGAUGCUGAACCUCUGGUUUUCUCUGCUUUGGAGUCCAGUCAUGCUGCGUUGGCAAUUAUGACCCACCAUGAUAUGCCAAAGCAACUGUAUCGAGAAGAACUUAUUGAGCGAAUUAUUGAUUUCUCAAGGCAUCAGAUCACAGAUUGUAUGGCAGCAAGUAACCCAACCUUCCGAGCUCUCUACAAACCAGCUGAAAAUGUUGCAAACAAUGGAGAUGAUGAUGAAGAUGAUUUGGAAAAUGGACAAGUUAGCAAAAGGAGACGUACUGCUACUAAUUUGAGCAUGAGGAAAUCUUCAAACAGAGUUUCUGCUUCUGUUUAUUCUGCUGUGCAGAAACUAUGCUUGAUAUUGGGCUUUCUUAAGGAACUGCUCACAACAGUACGCUUGUCAGAUAGUUGUAUUCUGCAGUUAGCGAAAACAUGCUUUACUACAUUCUUGGUGGAUAAUAUGGAGCUAUUACAAUUGAAAGCGAUUGGGGUGAUUUGUACGGUGUUUUCAUCAUAUACACAGCACAGGAGUUACUUGGUUGAUGAAACACUUCACCUUCUUCGCAAGUUGCAGUUUUCCAAAAAUGCCGUUAGAACCUACCAUCUAGCAGAUGAAGACCAAAAGCAAAUCCAGAUGAUAACAGCACUGUUAGUUCACCUGGUUCAGUUUAGUGCAAUUGUUCCCGAUAGCUUAAAGGGAACAGUUGAUUGGACCACUAUCGUUGAUGCCUCCGGUGAUGCUGAUUAUUAUCCAAUUAAAUGCCAUGAAGUGGCAACAGAGGCUUGUUGCCGUUUUUGGACUGAUGUCCUUCAACGUUUUACUGCUGCUAAAUCUCAAGAUAUGUCGGAAACCAAAGGAAUAAUAGAUAAUCUUGUUCAGGAUUUCCUAACGAUACUAAAUUUGCCGGAGUAUCCAGCUGCUGCUUCUAUUCUUGAGGUUCUCUGUGUGUUGCUGCUUCAGAAUGCUGGAUUGAAAUCUAAGGACACUAAUGCUCGGUGCUUUGCUAUUGAUCUUCUUGGUGGUAUUGCAUCAAGACUGAAGCGUGAUUCUGUCAUCUGUAGUGAGGAGAAGCUUUGGAUAUUGCAAGAUCUCACUGUUGCAGGUAGUGAUGGCUCAAAAAUCUUGAAAAACAAGUGCUGUGUUUGUCUUGGUGGAAGAGGUAUAAAUAUAGCCUGUAAUGAAUGCGGAAGAUGUUUCCAUUCAGAUUGUAUGGGGGCUGGUAGUCAGGAUAACUUACAGCAUGAUAGUGUCUGCCCCUUGUGUUUUUGCAAACAACAGCUCAAUGUUCUACAGUCAUACUGCCAGUCACAAAUUAAAGAAAAUGGCAAAAAAGCUGCUGCCUCUGCUAGUAAGAAAUCUGCUAAACCAACUGAGGUGCCUGCAGUGGAUAUUGUUCGACAAAUACUACUGAGUUAUCUCCAAGAAGCUGGUCCACAAGAUGAUGGGAACCUGUUUACUCGAUGGUUCUAUCUGUGCAUCUGGAACAAAGAGGACCAACAUUCUCAGGAGAUCAUCUACUAUCUCGCUAGAUUAAAAUCCAAGGAGAUUCUGCGAGAUUCUGGCAAUGGUCUGGCAAUUUCCAGAGAUUCAGCAAAGAAAAUUUGCUUGGCACUUGGUCAGAAGAACUCAUUUUGUAGGGGUUUUGAUAAAAUUCUUGCCCUUCUUUUGGCUAGCUUGAGAGAAAAUUCUCCUGUAAUAAGAGCAAAAGCCUUACGUGCGGUCAGCAGUAUAGUUGAAGCUGACCCUGAGGUCUUGGGUGACAAACGUGUCCAAGCUGCUGUUGAAGGGAGGUUUUGUGAUUCGGCUAUUUCUGUUCGUGAAGCUGCCCUUGAACUUGUUGGGAGGCAUAUUGCUUCACAUCCUGAUGUGGGCCUGAAGUAUAUAGAAAAAGUUGCUGAGCGAAUAAAGGACACUGGAGUCAGCGUUCGCAAGCGUGCAAUCAAAAUUAUAAGGGAUCUUUGUGCUUCAAAUCCGAACACGGACACAACUCAUGCCUUUGUGGAGAUAAUUUCUCGUGUUAAUGAUGAGGAGUCCAGUGUACAGGAUCUUGUAUGUAAAACAUUUUAUGAACUAUGGUUUGAAGAACCAACUGGGAGUCAUAAGCACUUGGUUGCUGAUGGAAGUUCAGUUCCAAUGGAGAUAGCUAAAAAGACUGAGCAAAUUGUUGACAUGUUGAGGAAGAUGCCCAAUCACCAACCCCUGAUUACCAUCAUAAAACGUAACUUGACUCUUGACUUCCUCCCUCAGUCAACCAAGGCUGCAGGGAUUAACUCAUCCAUGGUGGCAUCAAUUCGGAAGCGUUGUGAAUUCAUAUGCAAACGCUUAUUAGAAAGAAUACUGCAGGUUGAGGAGGGAGCUACUAAUGAGAUGGAAAUCCACGCGCUUCCUUAUAUUGUUGCCUUGCAAGCAUUUUGUAUUGUUGAUCCCACACUCUGCAUUCCAGUAACCGAUCCUUCUAAGUUUGUUGUGACACUACAACCAUACGUUAAUAUUCAGGUUGACAAUAAAUCAGCUGCCCAGUUGCUUGAAAGUAUUAUUUUUGUGAUUGAUGCUGUUCUUCCACUCAUAAGGAAGCCGCCACAAAAUGUUGUUGAAGAACUUGAGAAGGAUCUGAAACAUAUGAUAGUUCGCCAUUCGUAUUUGACAGUUGUACAUGCUUGUAUCAAGUGCCUUUGUGCUCUGAGCAAGUCAGCAGGUAGAGGUCCAGGAUUACUGGAAAACCUUGUUAAUAUUUUCUACAAGCAUCUGUCUGGAGCUAGUUCAGAUAGUCAGCUGCUGGGUCGAUCACUGUUUUGUCUUGGACUACUCCUUCGGUAUGGUUAUCAAUUGAUGCUAACAUCUGAAAAUCAGCUUGAUUUUCCCAAGAUUAUCAACUUGCUCCAGAGAAAAUAUCUUCUCAGGGAUGACUUCAGCUUGAAGGUUCGAGCUUUGCAGACUUUGGGAUACAUACUUAUUGCGAAGCCUGAAUUUAUGCUACAAAAGGAUAUGUUGAAACUCAUAGAGACAGCACUAUCUUCUGAGGUUGAUUAUAGAUUAAAGAUUCAAGGACUUCAAAACCUCUAUGAGUAUCUCAGAGAUGCUGAAAGCCAACUUACUGCUGAGAGUACUGCGAAACCUCCUGUACAGUGUGAAAUAAAUGGCGGAAGUGAAGUGCCUGUUGCUGCUGGUGCUGGAGACACCAACAUAUGUGGUGGUAUUAUCCAAUUGUAUUGGAGUUCUAUUCUUGAUAGGUGCUUGGAUACAAAUGAUCAAGUUCGCCAGAGUGCACUUAAGAUUGUUGAAGUUGUACUUCGCCAGGGUUUAGUUCACCCUAUUACCUGCGUUCCUCACCUUAUAGCACUUGAAAUGGACCCGCUGGAGGGGAACUCGAAGUUGGCUCAUCAUCUACUGAUGAAUAUGAAUGAAAAGUACCCUUCAUUUUUUGAAAGCCGCUUGGGUGAUGGACUACAAAUGUCAUUUAAAUUCUUUGAAUCCAUAGUCAGCAACCAUAAGAUGGCAGCAAACAUAAAAUCAAAUCCAAUUGCAUUUGUCAAACCUGGCAUAUCUAGAAUAUACCGUCUUAUCCGUUCAAAUCGAAAUUCCAGAAACAAAUUUGUCCACUCGAUAGUUCGGAAAUUCGAGUCUGAUAGCCGGAGUCGCAGCACAGUUAGCUUUCUUGUAUACUGUGCUGAAGUUCUUGCCUCCCUGCCUUUCACAUGCUCCGAUGAACCACUUUACUUGAUCUAUGAUAUAAAUCGAGUUAUUCACCUUAGAGCUGGAGGAGUCGAGGGCAAUUUGAAAAGGUGGACUUCUAUGUCUCAACCGCAAGAUACGGCGGGUGUGACAACAUUGCCAAGAGAGAGUCAUGUUGUCAUGCAAGAGCCUGGUGGAUAUUACGAUAAUGUGGGAUAUGUCCCUGAAUGGGUGAAUGACAACAAUCCUUGCAGUACUUCAGACGUGGCCAAAGUGCAGGUGGAUGUGGACAUGACCAAAGUUCAGGGAGAUUGCCAUGAUGCAAUAGCCCUCCAGCUACUACUGAAAUUGAAGAGACAUUUGAAAGUUGUUUAUAGUUUAGAUGAUGCCCGCUGUCAGGCAUUUUCUCUAAAGGAGCCUCCGAAAUCUGGAGAAGCAUUCUCCAGGCAGAAUGUUCCUUUUAAUAUUGGCAACACUAACAUCAGUCUGCCGAGCUGCCUGCAGGAUGUAGCUUCUGUUUACCAGGAUUUCAAGAUAGCACUCCGCGAAGAUUCCAUGGACUUUGCUGUGUUCAUCCCUUCAGUCCAGACUAGGAAGCGCCCAACCCCAAGAAGUACGAUGAACCCAACCCCAAGAAGUACGACGAGAGUCAGGAGAACGGCUGCCCCGAGUGUUACAAAAGCCCGUGGUGGUGCACGGGGUGAUGAUUCUGAUGAUGCUGACGAUGACGACUGGACUGGGGGUCCAAGAAUGCUCGACUUCAGUGGGGGCGGCCGUGUGACAAGGCAGAGGGUCCAAAAGCGUGAUGGUCUCCUGGUACAGUGGAACGGUAGUACCACGUUCCCUUCGGUUGGGCUGUCCCUCGGAAUAAUUAACAUCGAUUACACAAUCAUGGAAGAGCAGCAAGUUAAGCCAUCGGAUCUGCCACCCACUAGUUCGGACAACCAGGGUCCAGUUGCAACUCCUCCUGUUACCAGUGCUGACCCUGUUCGUCCGGCUGCUUCAACUGGUUCUCCCAGUCAGGUUGCCGCUGCAGCUCCUGCACCUAUCGCUGCUCCUGCAGAAGAUGCUGCAGGGCGUGAGGCGCCAGCAUCCGUGUUUUCUGCAUCUGGUUUAUCCUCCUGGGCUAAGAACCUGAAAAUUCCCCAGCCUUCAUCAGGUCAGGAAUCACCUACAGGAAAGAAUACCUUUGCCCGUUUAACAAGUGGCUUUGGACUGCGUAUGUCUCCAAAAGCGGCACAGCAAGAUGAGGGUGCUGAAGGAAGCACCUCCCCAACAACAGGACAGCCUGGUGUUUUUGGUUCUUUGACGAAAGGCAUUGUGGAUUCCUCUAAGAAUGCUGUAAAGGCAGUGCAAGUCAAGGCUCGCCACAUGGUCUCACAGAAUAAAAGACGAUACCAGGAAGGAGGAUUUGAUUUAGACAUGACAUAUAUUACUGAGAACAUAAUUGCUAUGGGUUUUCCCGCUGGUGAUUUGAGUUCAGGGCUUUUUGGAUAUUUUGAGGGUUUCUACCGCAACCACAUGGAGGAAGUCAUCAGGUUCUUUGAAAUGCACCAUAAGGGGAAGUAUAAGGUGUACAAUCUUUGUUCCGAAAGGCUAUAUGAUGCAUCUCUUUUUGAAGGAAAGGUGGCCUGCUUUCCUUUUGAUGAUCAUAACUGUCCUCCAAUACAACUUGUCAUAUCAUUCUGCCAUAGUGCCUACUCAUGGUUGAAGGAGGAUAUAGAGAAUGUGGUGGUUGUCCAUUGCAAAGCUGGUAAGGCAAGGACAGGAUUGAUGAUCUCGAGUCUUCUGCUAUUUCUAAAGUUCUUUCCUACUGCUGAGGAGUCCAUUGAAUACUAUAACCAGAAAAGAUGUGUAGAUGGAAAAGGGCUUAUUCUCCCAAGUCAGAUUAGAUAUGUGAAGUAUUUCGAGCGCAUCUUAACUUACUUCAAUGGUGAAAAUCAGCCACCCCGAAGGUGUAUGCUUAGAGGGUUUCGUCUUCAUAGAUGCCCCUAUUGGAUUAGGCCAUCAAUUACAGUCUCUAAUCACAAUGGUGUUCUUUUUUCUACAAAGAAGCAUCCAAGAACAAAAGAACUUAUGCCAGAAGAUUUCUGGUUUAGUGCACCAAAGAAGGGGAUUAUGGUUUUUGCAUUGCCGGGAGAACCUGGCUUAGCCGAGGUAGCUGGUGAUUUCAAGAUCCAGUUUCAUGAUCGACAGGGAGAUUUUUACUGUUGGCUAAAUACAACAAUGAUGGAGAACAGGGUGACUUUGAAUCCAAUUGAUCUUGAUGAUUUUGACAAGAGAAAAUUGCCAUCACCUGGAUUCCAGGUUGAGGUUGUCCUGGUAGAUUACGAUGGCUCGCAACCACCAAAACCAAAACCAGCCACUGGACCUGCUGAUACUAAAUCUGAUGCUGAUUCCUUGGCUAGCACGGUUGCGAAAGAAAAUAAUGCUGUACCUGCAGAAUCCAACAAGGGAACUGGAAGCAAUGAUAAAGAUGAAGUUUUCUCCGACAGUGACGGGGAGGAUGGAUCAUCCAAGGGAAGAAAGGAGAAGACUGCCGGUGGUGGUCAAAGCAGCGUAAAUGCUGCUAAACCAUCCCAAACAAGCAACGUGCAGGAUGCAGCAUCAGCUGCUGCUAGUAGACUGGAUAAAGUAGCUAUAACUAGCGAACAAGGAACCGCAAAGGCACCUGACGGCACAUCUCUCAAAACUGAAGUCAGCAGCAAGGCCAGCUCCACCACACCACCACCUACAGCUGCUGACUCUUCCAGCAUGAGCGAAUUCAAGGCGAUCGCAGCAGAUGCCUCAGUGUUCUCAUUCGGAGAUGAAGAUGAUUAUGAAAGUGAGUAG